GGAGGAGGAAGGGCGGGCCGGCGCGUGGGCCGGGCUCUCCGCGGUCGUUCCUCAAGCGCCUUCGGUUAUCAGCAGCUGCAGCAGCAGCCUCCUCCAGGUGCUGGUUAUUCUGGUGCUGAGCUUCCAAUUGCCUUGAUUAAAGUAGAAAUGCUCUAUGGCUUGGAUGACUUACAUUUCACAUUGGUUUGAACAAGAUGAUUGGUAUGAAGGACUACAACGAGCAACCAUGUCCCAAGUCAGGCAAGUGGGAUUGCUGGCUGCUGGGUGCCAGCCUUGGAACAAAGAUGUGUGUGCUGCCAAUGGAGACCGGUUUGCAUACUGUGCAACUCUUGCCAUCUAUAUUUACCAGUUGGAUCACCGUUACAAUGAAUUUAAACUUCAUGCAAUUAUGUCUGAACACAAGAAAACAAUUACAGCAAUCUCUUGGUGUCCUCAUAACCCUGAUCUGAUUGCAAGUGGCAGUUCUGAUAACUUAGUGAUCAUUUGGAAUGUUGUAGAACAAAAAGUCACUGCUAAGCUCGACAAUACAAAAGGGAUACCUGCCUGUCUUAGCUGGUGCUGGAAUACAGAUGAUGCUAUUGCAUUUAUUUCCCAUAAAGGCCCACUGUUCAUUUGGACCAUCUCAGGACAGGAUAAUGGAGUUUCUGUGCACAAAGAUGCCCAUAGUUUCAUAUCAGAUGUCUGCAUAUUCAGAUGGCAUACACAGAAAAAGGGGAAAGUUGUAUUUGGCCAUAUUGAUGGAAGCAUAUCACUUUUUCAGCCAGGUAAUAAAAAUCAAAAACAUGUUCUGAGACCAGAAUCUCUUGAAGGAACAGAUGAAGAGGACCCAAUUACAGCCCUUGAAUGGGACCCACUCUCUACAGAUUAUCUUCUUGUGGCUAAUUUACAUUAUGGAAUUCGCCUAGUAGAUUGUGAAUCACUUAAUUGCAUAACAACAUUUAAUUUUCCAAGCACAGCAGCUUCUGUACAAUGCUUAGCCUGGGUUGCAAGUGCCCCUGGAAUGUUUAUAACUGGAGAUUCCCAAGUGGGUGUUUUACGCAUUUGGAAUGUUUCAAGAACAACACCUAUUGAUAAUUUUAAAUUAAAGAAAACAGGAUUUCAUUGUUUGCAUGUACUUAACUCUCCACCGAAGAAAAAAUUUUCAGUCCAGAUUCCAACCAAACAUCUAUAUACUUCCUCCACAAGUGAAGCAGUUCCACCCCCAAGUUUGACACAGAAUCAAGCAUUUUCUCUUCCUCCUGGUCAUGUUGUUUGCUGUUUCCUGGAUGGUGGAGUUGGGCUUUAUGAUAUGGGAGCCAAAAAGUGGGAUUUUCUCAUGGACUUGGGACACAUGGAAACUAUAUUUGACUGUAAAUUCAAGCCUGAUGAUCCAAAUCUUUUAGCAACAGCUUCCUUUGAUGGCACUAUAAAGGUCUGGGAUAUAAACACAUUAACAGCAGUACAUACUUCCCCUGGUAAUGAAGGGGUUAUUUUUUCCCUUUCAUGGGCUCCAGGUGGUUUAAAUUGUAUCGCUGGUGCAACUUCUCGAAAUGGUGCUUUUAUUUGGGAUAUUCAAAAGAGCAAAAUGGUACAGAGAUUUAAUGAGCAUGGAAAAAAUGGAAUAUUUUACAUUGCCUGGAGUCAUAAAGAUUCCAAAAGAAUAGCAACCUGCAGUGGUGAUGGUUUUUGUAUUAUUCGAACAGUUGAUGGUAAAGUUCUACAUAAAUACAAGCACCCAGCUGCAGUGUUUGGUUGUGAUUGGAGCCAAAACAACAAAGACAUGAUAGCCACCGGCUGUGAAGAUAAAAAUGUCCGUGUCUACUAUCUAGCCACCAAUUCUAAUCAACCACUGAAAAUAUUCAGUGGACAUACAGCAAGAGUGUUUCAUGUUAAAUGGUCUCCUUUGAGGGAGGGAAUUCUUUGCAGCGGUUCGGAUGAUGGUUCUGUUCGAAUCUGGGAUUAUACUCAAGAUACUUGCAUAAAUGUUCUUAGUGGACAUACUGCUCCUGUGAGGGGAUUAAUGUGGAAUCCUGAGAUUCCAUAUCUGCUAAUAUCUGGCAGCUGGGACUAUACUAUAAAAGUAUGGGAUACUCGGGAAGGAGUAUGUGUGGAUACUGUGUAUGAUCAUGGUGCAGAUGUGUAUGGUUUAACCUGCCAUCCAAGUCGUCCCUUCACCAUGGCUUCCUGUUCCCGUGAUUCUACUGUGAGACUCUGGUCAUUAAUACCUUUAAUCACCCCUUUACAAAUAAAUAUUCUGGCAGACAGAUGUUGGGAAGAAAUUAUCGGGAAUACUGAUAAUGCUCUAGAAAAAGGCACUCCUCCUCUAUUGUGUGGGAAAGUAUCAAGAGAUAUUAAACAAGAAAUAGAAAAGCUAGCGGGUAAUCCUCGACUGAAAAAACUAAGAUGGUUUUCAGAGUGUCUAUCAACUCCAAGUGGCAGUGACAAUUUAUGGAACUUGGUUUCUGUGGUAAAAGGACUGGAUGAUAGCUUACUGCCUCAGAACUACUGCAAAGGAAUUAUGCAUUUGAAACAUCUGAUCAAAUUUAGAACAUCUGAAGCACAAGAACUAACAACAGUCAAGAUGUCUAAAUUUGGUGGUGGUAUUGGUGCACCUACUAAGGAGAAAAGACUGAAGGAAGCUGCUGAAAUACACUUAAGAUUAGGACAGAUUCAGAGAUACUGUGAACUUAUGGUCGAACUUGGAGAGUGGGACAAAGCCCUGUCAGUUGCACCUGGGGUCUCAGUAAGAUACUGGAAGAAGUUAAUGCAGAGAAGAGCUGACCAAUUAAUCCAGGAAGAUAAGGAUGAUGUCAUCCCAUACUGUAUAGCCAUUGGUGAUGUGAAAAAACUUGUCAAUUUUUUUAUAUCCAGAGGUCAACUUAAAGAAGCUCUGCUUGUGACACAGGCUGCAUGUGAGGGAAAUAUGCAAACCUUACAUGUUUCUACACCUAAGGGAGCUUCACAUGCUGAUGAUAUCUAUAAAGAAGACUUCAAUGAACUCCUACACAGUGUCAUUAAAGAGCUGUCUGAAUGGUAUUUUCAGGAUGGUCGAGCAGUGCUUGCCGCAUGUUGCCAUCUAGCUGUUGAUGAUAUUGAGCUGGCUAUGGCAUAUCUGAUCCGUGGCAAUGAACUGGAGUUGGCAGUGUCUGUGGGCACAGUACUUGGAGAAUCUGCAGCACCAGCAACACACUAUGCCCUACAACUACUGGCAAGGAAAUGCAUGAUGAUACCAAUGUGCUUUCCUUCUGUUGGAUACAGGAAUCUAGCAGCUGAUCUUCUCCUGAUGACUCCUGAUAAUGAUCUAAAUUUAGUGAAGCUCUGUGCCUUCUAUCCAGGGUGUAUAGAAGAAAUAAAUGAUCUUCAUGAGAAGUGCAAGCUACCCACAGUAGAAGAAUGUAUGAAGUUAGCUGAAAUUGCUCGUGCAAAUGGCAAUGUAUUUGAAACUAUAAAGUAUUACUUACUGAGUGAAGAACCUGAAAAAGCUCUGCCUAUUGGUAUUGACUUUGUCAAAGAAUACAUCAGUAACUCAAACUGGACAUUGGAUAGCAUUUACCCUGUGCUUGACUUAUUGAGUUAUAUUCGGACUGAAAAAUUAAUCUUGCAUACAUGUACUGAAGCUAGAAAUGAAUUACUUAUAUUGUGUGGCUAUGUUGGUGCAUUAUUGGCUAUCAGAAGACAGUAUCAAAGCAUUGUUCCAGCACUUUAUGAAUACACAAGCCAGCUAUUAAAACGUCGAGUGGUAUCAGUACCUUUAAACAUUGAACAUCUUUCUGAGGAAUUGGAUGCAUGGAGAGCUUGCACCCUGGCCAAUGAACAGUUAUCAGAAGAGUCCCCCUAUACACCCCCUUCUGAUUCUCAAAGAUUGGUUUAUGAAACCUUAUUAAAAAGGCUGAAAGAAGAACCACUUAAAGGGUUUAUUGGACCAGAUUAUGUGACUGGAUCAAAUCUUCCAAGUCAUUCAGAUGUCCACAUCUCCUGUCUUACAGGAUUAAAAAUCCAGGGCCCUGUGUAUUUCCUUGAAGAUGGGAAAUCUACUAUUUCACUGAAUGAUGCUUUGAUGUGGGCAAAGGUGAAUCCAUUCUCACCUUUAGGAACUGGAAUACGACUUAAUCCAUUUUGA